AUGACGGCGUCCCCGGACUACCUGGUGGUCCUCUUCGGCGUCACGGCGGGGGCCGGCGGCGCCAAGCUGGGCUCGGACGAGAAGGAGCUGGUCCUGCUGCUCUGGAAGGUGGUGGACCUGGCCAGCCAGAAGGUGGGGCCGCUGCACGAGGUGCUGGUUCGGCCCGACCAGCUGGAGCUGAGCGACGAGUGCAAGGCGGGCAGCCAGGUGGACGCGGAAGGCCUGGCCACGGCGCCGCAGCUGGACCAGGCGCUCCGACAGUUUAACCAGUCCGUGAGCAAUGAGCUGAACAUUGCGGUGGGCACUUCCUUCUGUCUGUGCACCGACGGGCAGCUCCACAUACGCCAAAUCUUGCAUCCGGAGGCGUCUAAGAAGAAUGUUCUGCUGCCCGAAUGCUUCUACUCCUUUUUCGACCUUCGGAAAGAGUUCAAGAAGUGUUGUCCCGGCUCCCCGGAUCUGGACAAGCUGGACGUGGCCACCAUGACAGGCUGUCUGAACUUGGAGAAGAACCCUUCCGUCUCCCGCUAUGGCGCGGCCCAGGUAGAAGACAUGGGCAGCAUCAUCCUGGCCAUGAUCUCGGAGCCUUACAAUCACAGGUUCUCAGAUCCCGAGAGAGUAAAUUACAAAUUUGAAAGUGGCACUUGCAGCAAGAUGGAGCUCAUCGAUGACAACACGGUGGUCAGGGCCCGCGGGCUGCCCUGGCAGUCUUCCGACCAGGACAUCGCACGGUUCUUCAAAGGACUCAACAUUGCCAAGGGCGGGGCCGCGCUGUGUCUGAACGCCCAGGGCCGCAGGAACGGGGAGGCGUUGGUCCGCUUCGUGAGUGAGGAGCACCGGGACCUGGCACUUCAGAGGCACAAGCACCACAUGGGGACGCGGUACAUUGAGGUUUACAAGGCCACAGGGGAAGAUUUCCUGAAGAUUGCUGGCGGCACGUCAAACGAGGUGGCGCAGUUCCUGUCCAAGGAGAACCAGGUCAUCGUGCGGAUGCGCGGGCUGCCCUUCACGGCCACGGCGGAGGAGGUGGUGACCUUCUUCGGACAGCACUGCCCUAUCACGGGCGGCAAGGAGGGCAUCCUCUUCGUCACCUACCCGGACGGGAGGCCCACGGGGGACGCCUUUGUCCUCUUCGCCUGCGAGGAGCACGCGCAGAACGCGCUGAGGAAGCACAAGGACUUGCUGGGGAAGAGGUACAUCGAGCUCUUUCGGAGCACGGCGGCCGAGGUACAGCAGGUGCUGAACCGUUUCUCCUCGGCGCCCCUCAUUCCGCUCCCGACGCCUCCCAUCAUCCCGGUACUACCUCAGCAGUUCGUGCCCCCAACCAACGUGCGGGACUGCGUCCGCCUGCGCGGACUCCCCUACGCGGCCACCAUCGAGGACAUCCUGGACUUCCUCGGAGAGUUCUCCACGGACAUCCGAACCCACGGGGUCCACAUGGUGCUGAACCACCAGGGCCGCCCAUCAGGAGAUGCUUUUAUCCAGAUGAAGUCUGCGGACCGCGCGUUCCUCGCCGCCCAGAAGUGUCAUAAAAAGACCAUGAGGGACAGAUACGUGGAAGUCUUUCAGUGUUCAGCUGAGGAGAUGAACUUUGUGUUAAUGGGGGGCACUUUAAAUCGAAAUGGCUUAUCCCCGCCACCAUGCCUGUCUCCUUCGUCCUACACGUUCCCGGCCCCUGCGGCUGUCAUCCCCACGGAGGCCACUCUCUACCAGCCGUCUGUCCUGCUGAGCCCGCGGGCACUGCAGCCCGCCUACUACCCAGCAGGUGCCCAGCUCUUCAUGAAUUACACCGCCGCCUACUACCCCAGCCCCCCCGGCUCGCCCACUAGUCUUGGCUACUUCCCUGCAGCCGCUCUUGGCGGUGCCCCUCCACCGCCUGGCGCCGUGCUCAGGAUGCAGGGCCUGGCCUGCAGUCCUGGAGUUAAGGAAAUUCUUAACUUCUUCCAAGGCUACCAGUAUGCAACCGAGGAUGGACUUGUUCACGCAAAUGACCAGGCCAGGACUGUCCCCAAAGAAUGGGUUUGUAUUUAAGGGCCCCAGCAGUUAGAGCAGCUCCGCAGCAGAAGUGUUUGAAAGAAACUUGGUGGUCCUGAAGCCCAGCAGACGAAAUACCCCUUCCGGCAAGUUAGAGGGGGGUGCGUUAUACACUCAGGCUGCAGUAUUUUCCGCAAUCAUGAUUGG